UCAAGCAAGGAAAAGAAAAGAGAAAGAGUCAAGCUGAUACUUGUGCUCUUCUUUGACACAUGUAGUAUAGUAGAGACAGGGCCAACUGAGAAGGGAAAGAGAUUCUUAUUGUAUUUUGUAUUUUUUUUUCUUGAAAAAAAAGAAUUUCAAGUGGAGUGGCUAUAUCAAAGAAAGUGAAAAUGGAAUUUAAUGGCACUGAAAUGAGGCAGGCAUCAAAGUUCAAGAGGAUUUGUGUCUUCUGUGGGAGUAGUCAAGGCAGGAAGAGUAGCUAUCAAGAUGCUGCUAUUGAGCUUGGCAAGGAAUUGGUCUCAAGAAACAUUGAUCUGGUCUACGGAGGGGGUAGCAUUGGUUUGAUGGGUUUGGUUUCUCAAGCUGUUCAUGAUGGCGGUCGCCAUGUUAUUGGAGUUAUUCCCAAGACGCUCAUGCCUCGAGAGUUAACUGGUGUAACAGUGGGGGAAGUGAAGGCAGUAGCAGAUAUGCAUCAAAGGAAGGCAGAGAUGGCUAAGCAUUCAGAUGCUUUUAUUGCUUUACCGGGUGGUUAUGGGACUCUUGAGGAGUUACUUGAAGUGAUAACCUGGGCUCAGCUUGGAAUUCACGACAAACCGGUGGGAUUGUUGAAUGUUGAUGGAUACUACAAUUCCUUGCUCUCAUUUAUUGACAAAGCUGUGGAAGAGGGAUUUAUAAACCCCAGCGCUCGCAACAUCAUAGUAUCCGCUCCAACAGCUAAGGAGUUGGUAAUGAAAUUGGAGGAGUAUGUUCCCUGUCAUGAGAGGGUUGCUUCAAAACUGAGCUGGGAAAUCAAUCAACUUGAAUACUCUCAGAGCUAUGAUAUCUCAAGAUGACAAGAGAUGACUGCACUAAAGGAUUGAAUAGUUGGAAUUUGGAAGUGGAAGGAGCUAAUUUUGAUUUGUCUUGACAUAUCCAUUUGUGGGGAUUUUUUUUUUUUUUUUUUUUUUUUUUUUUUUUUUUUUGUAAAUUAUUGCAAUUAACCUCAAUAUGUUAAGCUUCUCAACAUUCACUUCCAGUUAAAAAUCUGGAUUUUCCUUUUAAGUUGUAAGUAGUAGAGUGUUAUGAACA